AUGGUACCCCGGGGAUGUCAACCUUCCUCGGAGAAAUUACAGGUGAUAGGAGCCAAAGGAGAGCCCUUUAGGGUCUCAGUAAUAAAAGGGGUGGAAAUAGAGACCCCAGCCCAAAGUUGCACAGGGUCCUUUUUAUUAGUACCAGAAGCUGAAUAUAACCUGUUGGGAAGAGACCUAAUGAUUAAGCUAAAAAUUAAUUUGGAGGUGAAAAAUAAAGGGAUCGAAGUUAAAUUAUACACCCUCACGGUAGAGGAUGAGGCAAAAAUAAAUCCUGAGGUGUGGUAUUCUCCCGAAUCAGUAGGCCGCUUAAAUAUUAGUCCCUUUGAAGUCACUAUCAGGAAUCCUGAGAUUCCCAUCAGAGUAAAACAAUACCCAAUGUCUCAAGAAGGCAGGGAGGGGCUGCACCCAGUAAUCAAGAGAUUACUACAACAGGGAUUACUGGAGCCUUGCAUGUCACUUCAUAACACUCCUAUAUUACCUAUCAAGAAACCUGAUGGCUCUUAUCGGCUAGUCCAAGACUUGAGGGAGGUCAACAAAAGAACAAUAACUAGAUUUCCUGUAGUAGCUAACCCACAUACUUUGCUAAGCCAGCUGUCCCCAGCGCAGAAAUGGUAUAGUGUCAUAGACCUAAAAGAUGCAUUUUGGGCAUGUCCUUUAAAAAGGGAAUGCAGGGAUUAUUUCGCCUUCGAGUGGGAAGACCCUGCAACCCAUCGGAAACAACAAUUAAGAUGGACUGUGCUUCCCCAAGGAUUCACAGAAUCACCGAACCUAUUUGGUCAGGCAUUAGAACAAGUAUUAGAGAACUAUGAACCAAAUCCUGAAGUAACCUUAGUCCAAUAUGUGGAUGAUUUGCUGUUAGCAGGAGAGAGUCAGGAGGCAGUCAGGACAGAAAGUAUCAAGGGAAUAUCACACCCCGUGGCAUCCACAAAGCUCGGGAAAGGUAGAAAGGAUGAAUGGGGAAAUAAAAAAACAGUUAACCAAGUUAAUGAUAGAAACAAAAACUUCAUGGGUAAAAUGCCUCCCAUUGGCUUUACUAAACAUAAGAACCCAGCCCCGAACAGAUGUAGGAAUCUCCCCUUUUGAGAUGUUAUAUGGGAUGUCGUAUGAUUUAGAGCUCCCAACUGAUCAUCCCCAGUUGGAAGAGUCGCAAAUACAAUCAUAUGUAGUAUCGCUUAUGAUUAGGAGGAGGCAGCUGUGCGAAAAGGGAUUAGUGGUACAACGCCCCCCUCUAGAGGUGGCCAUACACAGGAUCAAACCAGGAGACCAGGUUCUGAUAAAAUCCUGGAAAGAGACCUCUUUAACUCCUCGUUGGGAAGGACCCUACCUUGUUUUACUUGCUACAGACACAGCUGUCCGGACAGCCGAGAAAGGAUGGACUCACGCCAGCCGAGUUAAAGGACCAAUACCAGAGGAACGGUGGAGAGUGGCCAGCCGACCUGGAG